AUGGUCUUGCACGGUCACUAUCGGGGUAGGCUCUAUCACCGGGAGGUCGAUCUUGUAGAGGCUCUUCCCCCUCCCGUAUUUGAAAGGCGUAUGCGAGAGCUAGCUAGAUUGCUCUCUGUGGAAGGGGGAAAUGUUGGUUCUAGCGGGCCUGUAUUGCCUUCCCGACUGGCUGUUGGAGUCAUUUUCCUAACUCAUCCACUGAAUUUUGUCCAUUCUUGUUUGCCUAUGGGCGCACAUGUUGGGAGGGUUAUUGCUCCUGUCCGGAAAAGGCGAAAUGUGUGUGUGGUGUCAUCUUCAAACGAGGAGACAGAAUCCAAUCAUAAAAAUAAAGUUGUGAUCCCUGAUUCUAUGAUGUCACCUCCUCUAUCGAUUACUACAUCCUCCCUAAUUGAUCUUAGUUCUUACUCCAGAUUUGGGAGUGCAUUGGGUUCAUCCGGGGGUUGCAUUCAGUUAAAGAAACCUUUAGCGGAGAGCAGAAUAGGAACUGCACCUAGGUCUUAA